AUGUUCUACUGGCUUGGCAAGCCCUUCAACACCAACCUGCUUGUCCAAUCCUUCUUCAUGAUCAUUGCCCUGUUCUCCCUCCUCUGGCCCACGCUGUCCGGGAACCCAUACAAUGACCAUUACCACCUUUCUGAGACCGUGUUCCAGCCUUCUGGCGGACCCAAGCUGCUCAGGAGCAGGUCCCCACCUACUCAAGCUGCUCCAACCCCCUGCUCUGCACCCUCUCUUGUUGUGGUCCGCCUGGAAACUCUAUCUUUUGAUUAUUAUGUCGACUUCUUUGCCCUCCUGUUUGCCGUCCAAGCCACGCUCUUCAUCCUCUUCCAGUGCUACAACUGGUUCAUCCAGGCCAUUGGUUUCCUUUAA